AAAGCAGUGGGGGCUCGUGCGAUGGGAGGGUCGUCGUCGUCGUCGUCGUCGUCGUCGGAGAAGAGAGUUGGUUCGGAGAUGGCGCUACCCAAGGCCAAGGACAUCGUCGCUUCCACCCCCGUCGUCGUCUUCAGCAAGACAUUCUGUCCCUACUGCAAUCGGGUUAAACAGCUGCUAGCGCAGCUCGGCGCAAAUUUUAAGGCAAUUGAGUUGGAUGUGGAAAGUGAUGGAUCAGAAAUUCAGGCAGCUCUGCUGGAAUGGACCGGACAGAGAACAGUUCCGAAUGUUUUUAUCGGUGGAAAGCAUAUCGGCGGUUGCGACACCGUGACUGCAAAGCACAAUGAAGGGAAGCUGGUGCCUCUGCUCACUGAAGCCGGAGCCCUCGGGACCGCAGCUGCUUAAAUAUAUCAUAUGUUUUACCAGGCAUGCGCUGCUGCUCAGGUGCUCCGACCUUGAUUCAUAUAUAAAUACUAAGUUAAGGAAAUAUUCUGUUUAAUUUGCAUUACAUGCUACGCUACUUCAACUCUUUAACUCUUGCUCAACUCUUGCAUAUGUAAUUACUCCUCUUCGUGGCUUGAGCUUCCUAACGUACUCUUUUGA